AUAGUGCUAUAGUCCAUCUCUUUAAUCAGAAAAGGUCACACUCGGAUGAAUAGGCUUUAAAAAAGUUCCGGCGGAUUUGGUAUUUAUAUGGGCUUAAAUCUCCAUGUUGUCUCCAGCUCAGAGUCCGGAUGGGCUACUAGCUUUGCACUGUGUUAGACAAGAUUAUAGGGCAGACGGGAUGGGAUGUAGGAGCUCUCCUAGCUCAACCACUAUACCACGACGAUGAGAGCAGAACGCACAUUUGUCGGCUGGGAUGCAGCAGCAGCAGCAGCAGCAGCAGCAUCCUCCUCUCCUCUCUGUGAACAGCUCUGAUUCAGCACACUCAGUCAGACCGCCAACGAGGAUGCCGCCGGUAGGAUGCAGACUAACAGUCCAAGCUGUGAGACAUUUCUGCUGAGAUAAGUCUGCACACUGCGAUUUAGACUGGGAUCAGCACCAAAGAAGAAGACUAAACUUAUCAGCUGCCUCAUUUUCAACUUGAUCCCGGAGUGUGUGGCUGCUGCACGGAUCUCUAGAAGUUGGACUGUGAAAUGUUAAUGCCAUGACUCUUGACUUUGGACAAGAUUUCCAGCGCAGUGCAGCCUGUGUGCCGUGUGUUUGUCACCAUAAGGUGGACUUCGUCUUUAGUCCUAUUUGAUCAACGUGUUGCAUUUGAAUAUAACGCAUCUAUCCGAGGCUAUGGAGGAGUAUUGAUCCCAGAACAACCCAUGGGUGCUGCUUAUUAUUCACAGUAAUGGAAUGAAGACACUAUCCAGAUAUGAUGGAUGAUAGAUCCAGUAAGCUCAUCUUGGUUCCUAUUUUAGCCGUGCUUUUUGUUAUGAUCGGUUAUCAGUACAUAUGCCCCGCUGGCAGCAACUCGUGCCACUUUAAGGCUGAGGAGAAAUUGAGGGGGGUGAGCCUACUUUCCACCCCGUACAUGGACAGCGAUGAUUUCUACAGAGACCAAGACCUGGAGGAUGACAGCCCGCCUAAAGUACCGUCCAAAUUCAACUUCACCGAGAGAGACCUCGGCAGACACGUGGAGUUCAACAUCAAAGGGGACGACGUGAUAGUGUUCCUGCACAUCCAGAAGACCGGAGGAACCACUUUCGGGAGACACUUGGUGAGGAAUAUUCGGUUGGAGCAGCCGUGCGAUUGCAAGCCAGGGCAGAAGAAAUGCACAUGCCACCGGCCAGGGAAAAAGGAGUCCUGGCUCUUCUCCCGGUUCUCUACCGGCUGGAGCUGCGGACUGCAUGCUGACUGGACCGAGCUAACGAACUGUGUACCUGUCAUUAUGGAUAAGAAGGAGGCCCAGAGGAACAAAAGGAACUUCUAUUACAUCACCAUGCUGCGUGACCCGGUGUCCCGCUACCUGAGCGAAUGGAAGCAUGUCCAGCGUGGAGCCACGUGGAAGACCGCCCUCCAUAUGUGUGACGGGCGCUCACCCACCCAGGAUGAGCUGCCCACCUGUUACAAUGGGGAUGACUGGUCUGGUGUCACCCUUUCUGAGUUCAUGAACUGCGGGUCAAACCUGGCUAACAACCGUCAGGUGCGAAUGCUGGCCGACCUGAGCUUGGUGGGCUGCUACAACAUUUCCUCCAUGAACCAGAGUCAACGCAAUCACAUUCUUCUAAGUAGUGCCAUGAGCAACCUGAAAAACAUGGCUUUCUAUGGGCUCACCGAGUUCCAACGCAAGACACAGUACCUGUUUGAGCGGACGUUCAGCCUGCGCUUCAUCGCCGCUUUCACGCAGAUCAACAGCACUCGAGCCGCCAACGUGGACCUGAGUGAGACGGUGCGCAGACGCAUUGAGGAGCUUAACUUCCUGGAUGUGCAGCUGUACGAGUAUGCCAAAGACCUGUUCCUCCAGCGAUUCCAGUACAGCCGCCAGAGGGAGCACCAGGAGGUGCGCUUGAAGAGACGGGAGGAGAGGCGUUGGAUGAGGGAGCGAAAAGAGCAAAGCAGGCCCACGAAACACAGAGGGGGAGGGAACAAAGGGGGGACAAGGGGAGGAGGGUGGGAGAAGGAGACUGAGGGUGACUUUCCAUCCACUACUGAGGACUACACGAGCCAAGUGGCCCGCUGGUGAGGUCUGGAGAGAGCGGUAACAACAGACUGGUUCAGACAUUUUCACUGGACUCUCUCUUUUUGUGUCACCGUGAACUCGUCUCCUGCAUCUGUCUGUCUCUCAGCUUCAGUGUGAUCCGAGUGCUCUGCUGUUUCCUCAUGAAAACUGCCAAAUCUGUGAGUCCCACAGCAGCUCUGCCUUGGACUGCCUUUUGGUGUCUUAAAUCUUUAAAACUGUAUUUUUUUGUCAUUUGAUUUUUGCCUUGAUUAUUUAUCUUAGGUUUGAUAUGAGACAGUUUAUCUGAGGUGGAAGAGAAAAAAAAGAAGUUGCCAUUGACUGCAUUUUGAUUUUGACAUACACUGCAAAAUCUGAUGAAUGUCAUUGAAGUUACUGUCUUUGUACUGUCAAAGAUGUACUUGUCAAAGAACUGAUGGUUGCAUGUUGCACAUCCACAUUAUACUGACUUUUGGGCAGAGUUAUUUCAAAAACAUAUACAGUUCUGUAAGCCAAAGUUAAUAAAAAAAAAACACAAUGUAUUAAGUGUAUUUUCAUUUAAUGAAACCCUCUUAAAAGACCAUGUUGUAUGCAUGCAGUAACCAUGUUUUAAAUCAAGCUAUGGAAGACUAUCUGCUGCUUUAAUUUGGUGACAGUCCAAUAAAUAUAAUUUUCUGAAGUCAAA